UCAUGAUAAUAUCAAUACCUAACUUUUCUCUCUGUGGUUCUCUAAGUGUGGAAUAGGCGAUAUUGCCACAGUUGGCUCGCUGCAAUUUUAUAUAAUGCCUAAAUUAAAAAUAUCUAAUUAUAUGAAUACUGAUUACCGGGAAAAUUUUUUAUAUAGACCACAUAAACGUCUUAAGACUUCGACGAAUUCCGAACUCAGAACAGAAGAAGACAGUGGGGUUGAGGAUAUCCUUAGAACUGAACUAGCAAAAACUUCUCUUUCUAUAAAAAUACAUGUCGGCCAGAGUUGGUUAAAAAUCUUGAAUGACGAGUUUAGUAAACCUUACUUUACUCGUCUGCAAACUUUUUUAGAAAAAGAACGUAAUGAAGGGUUUGUAGUUUAUCCUCCAAACUCUGAAAUAUUUACUUGGACAAAGCUGUGCGAGUAUGAGAAGGUAAAGGUUGUAAUAAUUGGGCAAGAUCCCUACCAUCAACCCACUCAAGCUCACGGCCUUUGUUUUAGUGUUCGCCGAGGAGUUCCGCCUCCCCCGAGCCUCGUUAACAUCUAUAAAGAAUUAGCAGCUGACAUUGAAGGUUUCAAAAAUCCUGGCCACGGCGAUCUCUCUGGUUGGGCUCGGCAAGGUGUGCUGUUGUUGAAUUCUUGUUUAACGGUCAGACAGGGACAAGCAAACUCUCAUAAAAAUAAGGGCUGGGAAAAGUUUACCGAUGCAGUUAUAGCAACUUUAAACUCUAGUGAGAGACGACUCGUCUUUAUACUGUGGGGAGGUUUUGCACAUAAGAAAGGGAGUAAAAUAAAUAAGGAACGGCACUUGGUUCUCCAAUCCGCCCAUCCCUCCCCGCUUGCUGCCUUCAAAGGCGGUUUCUUCGGUAGCAAACCGUUUUCGAAAACAAACAGUUUCUUAAUGCAAAACGGAGAGGAUCCCGUGAACUGGAAGGAUCUUGACUAAAAAACUACCCGCAAAGCUGCUGUCUACCCUUCGCCCAAAACAAGCCUCCUCCUUGUGCAC